AACCGGAUAACAGGACUGGUCCAUGAUAUGUGCACUGAAAUGUCACAUGCUGUUGGGAAGUUUGUUAUCGGCUUAGGUAAACUCGACGAGGAGGAACCUGGCACUAGCCGGAACAUGGACAAUCCACCACACGCAACUGAACAACACAGCAGUCGGAGGAAGCGAGCAACGCCAAAAGUGACUCACCACAACUCAAGUGAGGACGAGGAGUCAUUCAAGUCAGAUGAAGAGAGUGAAGAUGAGGACGAGAGCGAAGAUAAGGAAUCAGAAUCAAGUAGUGACAACUCAGGGGAUGGAAGCGAGGAUGGUGGCCUAGGUGACGAUGACGAUGAUGAUGAUGAUAGUCAUCAAGGAGGCAAUGUCAGUCACAGUUCUGCGGAGGAGGUUGACGAGGAUACUGAGGAGACACAUAAAUCAAAAGAAAAUAAGGACGACAAUGAUGACACCAUGUAUGGAGGGAAUGACAGUGGUACCCAAUGUGAUGAGGGACAUAAACACCAGGUUGACGCACAGCGUAACCGCGAAGCCGAUGAUGAUGAAACAGAGGAAGAUGAUGAAGCUGAGGACGGCCAGGAACAUGUUGAGGAGGGAAGUGCCAAGAGAAAUGAUGAUGGAAACAGAGAUGACGAGGACCACUAUGGAGGUGGCAAUGUAGGAGGGUACAAUAGGAACAACACUUCUGAUGGAGAUGAAGGUGGAGGAAGCUCAAGCAGCAGCAAGGAUGAUGACAGUGCAUCAAAUUUCCGCAUCAAGCUGAGUGAUGGCAAACAACAAGGAGGUGCUUUAGAAACAUUUUCACUUCGAGAUAUGGUCAGGAUGGAAUUCAAGAAGAAGUGGGACCCUUUCCGAAAUCAACUUGAGACACCUAAAGUUUGGGAUGGGCGAAAUAUUCAAUCAUAUACCAACUUGUUAUUCCAGCAGAUGUUGUUAAACAAUGAAGAAAAAGAAGUAGGCAUCAAAUUUAAUCAUGAGGAGAUAUGCCCUCCCAAAGCACGGAAAGAACUCAUGCAAGAAAUUUGCGGAAUAAAACAGUCAGAACCAAAUUCAAGAGAUUGUUCUCACAAAGUUCUACCCCCAAUGCAACCAAGGAAGCAAAAGAGAGUGUCAUUCAACCUGGUCCCGAAACCUGCUGUCCCUGUAGAAAACAGGCAACUCCCCAAGGCACUAAUAUCAGCACUCAAACCUAAGGGGCAAACUCAAAAAGUUCAAGAGGCAACUGAGGUGACAAAGACAGCAAGUCUAGCAAAAGGUGAAGCAACUUGCAUGGUUAUGCAGGCAAGUCAAAAUUCAAACAAAGCAGGGACUGCAGACUUAUCUUCUGCGCAUCCAGGAACACAUGAAGUAAAAAAAGAUCAUUUUGACAAGAUUCCAAAAUUAUUUGAGCCAAUGACAUUGGGAGAGAAGAGCAAGCAAGCAAGUCCAAUGGAAAACUUGCCCACCACAGCAAUUAAGUCGCUUUGUAGUAACCCACAACGUGACACCUUACCAGGCUCUAGUGGAAAUCAAGCAAGCAAAGUGGAGGUGUUGCCUACAAGGAGUACUCAUGUCGUUUCACAAAGGGUUGAUGGAAAACAAAUAGUACCAGACGAGAACUUGCCAAGGUCUCCUGCUGAUUUGCCUACAAUGACAACUGAACUUGCCAGGGAACCUAAUAUUGGUGGAAAUCAAACACAGCCAGAAGAUAAGUUGCCCAGAUUUGUUACUCAGUUGCCUGCAAGGAGCCAACAACUUGCUACAUCACCUACAUCUGGUGGAAAUCAAACAGUGUGUGAGCAGAAGUUGUGCAGCCCUAUUGUUGAUUUGCCUGCUAGGAGCCCUCAAGCUGCCACCACAGAGAAGUUGCAUAGAAUUGAAAAGGUGAUGCCUCCAAGGUCAGAUGUAACAUAUCUAGGACCUGUAGCAAAGUUACUCAAGACUAACCUCACGUUGCCCUCGACACAACUCCAAGGUGAUGCACUGACAGAGAUUUUCCAAGAGAGUCAAGCUGUAGACUUGCUUAGUUAUGAUCUCAACUUCCCUAGCUCAAAUUCCCACUGUGCAGAAAAGCAAGUGAAUGAUGCAAACAAGGAGAAGUGCCCAUCGGUGCCACACCACGAGCAAAAUGUUGAUACAGUUAAGAUAAAUGAAAUCUUAGCAAAGUGUGCUGUUCCAACAGAUGCACACAUCCACAUUGCAGGACGGAGAAUAGUUGAAGAGUCAACCAAGGAGCUUCAGAGCACAAGGGUGUCAGGGACGUGGGAUGAGUACUGUCCAGCACCCAGUUUUGGGCUGAUUUUGGAGGAGCUGGAACCAGGUCUCGAGGAAAGAAACAAGGAAAGCAUACAUUUGCAGGGUGUUCUUGAUGCGCAAGCAGGGAAAGUCGCAACAACAAGCACAACAGAAACAAUAAACCUCGAGAAUGAUGAAUGGGAUGCAUAGCAAAUAGAGGCAGCGUGUGUUGAAGCAGAGAGAAGGUCGAAAGAAUUUGUUGGGCAAUGUGCUGAUGGUACCUUGUCACCAACUAACUUCAAUACGCCAGAAAGAGUCUCCACCAAGACUGAUGAUGGAUCAGGUGGCAAAUUUUCAAGCAGCAGUAGUUCAGGGGAGUUAAUUACCAAUCAGUAUGAGAGGAGGCUCAUAAAGCCGUCUGCACCUUUGAGGUCACCUUUCUUGGACCUUGACACCAAAAAGGAAUUCUAUUGCAAACCCGAAGUCAACCGUUUGUAUGCGUCUGUUAUUUUGCAUGCAAGGAUCUGUGUAGAACAAUCACCCGACAAUGACAUCGGCCCAAAUGUCAUCGAUUUCAAUGGGUACUUUGUAACUGUGAGGGAGCUUGCAGAGUCAAUGAAGUGUGACGGUUUUGUCCUUUCGCAUGUCUUCGAAGUUGGCUUACAGUCUAUAAUACAUAACUUGCCACCAGACUCAAGGAAAGUUAUCAUGCCAGUUAGAUUCUCGGUGAGGCUACAACAGAUGGAUUGGAACACACAAGAGAUUACUUCCAAGUUCAAGAAGUCAAAUCACUUGGACCGAAAAGACAUGAUUAUGUUCCCUAUAUUAGAGAAUCUUGAUCCAGCAAAACCAAAAACAGGGAAUCAUUACUGGGUCUUUAAUCUGAACAUAAGAGACAAGAGGUUUGAAGUCCUUGAUUCAUUGAGGACACUAGAUGACUGUGUUUUGAACAAUAAAGCUAGGUUGAUAGCAGCAAGUGUUCGCAGUCUCUGGGAUCACCACUAUCGCAACUCGCAUGUUGUGUUGGAUGACUACCCACUGGUCAACAUUGAUGUUCCAAGGCAAAGCAAUCACAUUGACUGCGGCAUUUAUGGCCUCACGAACACACGCAAAUGGGUUGCCAGGGCUGUUCCAAAUUAUGAACCAAGCGAUAUACCAAAUAUCAGGAAGCAGUUGACCAGCAUGUGGGUUUCAUCUACACACAACAAAGCUCCUUGGAAGGAUAUUCUGGAGCUCUC